UUAAAAAAUAGCAAGAAAUUUGACUUAAUGAAGAACAAUUAUUGGUCUUCUUACACAAAGCCAUUAAGCCAUUCAAGCUGGAAAUAUUAUAAAUAAUUUUGACAAUAAUAUUAUAGGUGUUAUGCAAAGAAUAAUUAAAAAUAGAAUGCAAAAAAACCUAUUAAAUUUAAGAGGUUUUUAGAUUUAAUUGAAGAUUUUAAGUAGCAUAUUUUUGACAGAAUAUUUCUAUUCACAUAAUUGGAAUUAGGUAAUUUAUAUGGAUGAGUGUUUAUGUAUGAUGUAAAAGUUUAAAUUCAGAUUUAGAUGACCAUUUUUAAGUAAGAUCGAUAUAGUGAUUUAUUGAUGAACAUAUUAUUUAUAAAAGGCC